CACACGACUGUCAGUCAGACACAUCCACAGUCAGAGAGGUGUUCACUCGUCGCUUGGACAAGGAUUGAAAACCAGCGCUCACAAUAGGCCGGGACAGGCUUGGGAUUCAAUCGACGACCAGCGGGAAAGGGUUUAUUACAAGAAGAGAUACGAUGGUUACAACGGCGAGGGCAAUGGUCUGUCUGACCCUCUGGUUUUCUGUGUGCCAGGUCAGAGGUUUCCACAUCCCUCCAAAGAUGAACAAAACCAUCCAAGAACUAAUGAAUCACUAUGACGUUUCAGCUAAGCUGAUUUUUAGCGGGAAGCCCAUCUUCUCCAAAGAGCCGCUGAAUGGCAGAAUGGAGACAAAAAGGGUGUUUUUGGGUGGCGUUUUGGAGGCCUAUGAAAAGAUCAUUGGCCAGAUGUUGAAGGAGCUGCCUACCCCGAGUCCUCAGACAGUCACCGCUGUCCCCAGCACCAACGCUGACACCAAGUCGCAAGGGGGCGAGGAUGUCAGGGUGCAGCUGAGUUACAUCCUGAAGAAGGUCCAGGAGCUGAGGAAACACCAUUACCAGGAGCAGGACAAGCUCCUGCAGAGACUGCAGGCCCUCAAACACAUCAAGAUGGAUGACCUCAUCAUCCAGAACAAAGCGCUGUUUGAGCUGCCGUUUCUGUACGCGGAGGCCAGUUCACUGCCCGACAGCAUGAAGAUGCAGAUGAGGCGGCGGCGGCGUCGGCGGCAAGCACGGAGGGUCAAAACUAGUCAGAGAGCCUGAGAUGCGAGGAACCAAUGAUGGCAAGAAAGCUUAAAGGCAAAAACAACAAUAAUAGUAGAACAAGGAUGUAGGAUAUUUAAUGACAGAUUUUAAAAUAGAUAAAAUAACAUAACAAAACCAAACAAAUAUCCAAACUUAAAUCAGCGUGCCUAUUUUUUUUUUUCUGUUUUAGGAGGUGAUUACAGGGAUGAUUUCAUAGAUAUUUAUUAUACUGAACCAGCAGCCUAAGCCUAAUAAAUAUUGCAGUUUUGUAAAAUGUAUGUAUUUUUUAGUAGUUCGAUGUUCGAUACUUGAAAGCAGCAUGGUGAUUUGAUCCAGAGAGCUGAUAUAAUAAUGCAAUAAUAAUGCAAAUACGGAGUUUCACUCACUUGUAAUAAUCAUGUCAAUCAAUAUCGCCUUGAAACACUUGAUUGCUCAAUUGUUUUUUAUUUGUUUUUGUUAAAAAUCUUUUUUAUCUAUGUAAAACCUGCAGAUUUAAUGCUCAAAGAUCAACCAGAUAGAAUUAAGAUUAACGUCAUUCU